AAUGUGUGUGUGAGAAGAGAUUUCUCCUGUACGAGUCUCUGGGUUUCUGAAGAUGGACACACACCACGGCCUGAUGUUCCUCUGCAUCUGUGUGGGACUCGGGUGUAUCACGACACACACACACACUGCUCUCGUGGAGAAACUGGCAGACCGCAAGAUCUGUGCAGACAAACACUGUUCAUAUGUUCUCUCAGAGGCUCGAGCUCUUGAGGACUACGUGGCUCCAGACUGCAGAUUCAUAAACCUGAGGAGAGGCCAGCAGAUCUACGUGUUCUCCAAACUCAAGCCCGUCGAGGGAGCCGGGGUCUUCUGGUCUGGAAGUGUGUACGGGGAGCGCUAUGUUCACCAGAUGGGGAUUGUGGGAUAUUUCCCCAGUAACUACAUCAACGAGACACGCGUUUUUCAGAAGAACACUGUCGAGAUCCCAACGACUGACAUGGACUUCUUCUGCGCUUAAAGACUCUCAAUCCUUUUAUGAAUAUUAAUAUCCACAACAACAUUUCUAAGGCCCACCAGCUCUAGUUAGAGUGUAUCCAAAACGUAUUUGAACCUACAGCCACUCCUACUUUUUCUAAAACUAAAUAAUUAUAAAUGACUAAUUAUGAAUUUGCCAGUAAACCAGUUUUAUUGAUUGCAA